ACGAAAUGGUUUGAUCCAGUGGACUGUUGCAAUGUUUCGGGAGAGAGCAGAUACAGAUACAGAUAUUGAACAUAUUUUAGCGGAGCGGCAGCUUCUUCAACAGUGAUGGAAGGUUUCGCUACAGUGUAGACUCAUGUAUUUUCUUCUAAACACCCUAACAAGUACGAGCACUGCAUCGGUAUUGCGAAAUGCAUGCGGCGACUACCAAUUUCUUCAUUUGUUGUCUCUCUGUACUGGUUCGUAUGUACCAAUGUUGGUAGAAACGGGGGCUCUACACAAACCCGGACAACCUUAACAUAAUCGGAAAGUUGAUUGGAUUGCGGGCCUCGCGAUGAUACGUGUUUUGCAGAUUUGAUCCCCACAUACUUUUACAGUGCGCGAGGAAGUGAAGGAACAGAUUGGGCGACACGGACCGAUAAAUUGCCGACAAUGAACGUGGAAUUACCUCCAGUUGCAACAUGGCUGCUUCUUAGAUGUUUAUUGGAAAAGUUCAGCCCCGAACAUUAAGAAAGUUUUAUUAUUAAUCUCAUGCAAAUAAAAAGGACAUUUUCUGACAUAACUCCACUCUAGUUUGGACUGGACUGGAUAGGACUCCACAGGAAAUCUGCGCGAGAUUUGCUCGCCGUCAUUCGGGUUGGUUCCUAUAUGAACAAACCAACACCGAGGACUUUCCGUGAAUAUUCUCGCUAUUUACAACAUUCUCAACUUCGUGGAAGACGUGCAGUCGCAGGUUAGAAAAUGCAUUUCUCCAUCCCUGAGACGGAAGUCCGCUCCGAUGAAAAUGGAUCUACACAUGUGGCUUACAAUAUCCAUGUCAAUGGUGUCUUGCAUUGUCGAGUACGAUACAGCCAACUCUUGGGUCUGCAUGAACAGAUAAAGAAAGAAUACGGAACUAAUGUGGUGCCAGCUUUUCCUCCAAAGAAGCUCUUCACUCUCACACCAGCUGAAGUCGAGCAGAGGAGAGAACAACUAGAGAAGUACAUGCAAGCUGUUCGUCAAGACCCCAUUCUAGGAUCCAGUGAGAUGUUCAACAGCUUUUUGAGAAAAGCUCAACAGGAGACCCAGCAGAUCCCCACUGAGGAGGUGCAGCUUGACAUCUACUUGUCCAAUGGCCAGAAGGUCAAAGUCAACAUCCUCUCCUCUGACCAGACGGAAGAUGUUCUUGAGGCUGUGGCCUCAAAGCUUGACCUCCCUGAAGAGCUGGUGGGAUACUUCAGCCUCUUUCUGGUUCAAGAGAGGGGGGAUGGGGGCUGCACAUACGUGAGAAAACUGCAAGAAUUUGAGCUGCCCUACGUGUCCGUCACCAGCCUGCACAGUCCUGAUUUCCACAUCGUCCUCCGCAAAAGCUACUGGGAUACAGCAUAUGACAGUGAUGUCAUGGAUGAUUGUGUGGGACUAAACUUGUUAUAUGUUCAGACGGUGUCUGACAUAGAUCUGGGAUGGGUCCUGGUGAACAAAGAGCAGCACAGACAGCUCAAUUCCCUGCAGGAGAAGGGCUCAAAGAAGGAGUUCAUUAGAUUGGCUCAGACACUGAAAUACUAUGGCUACAUAAAGUUUGAUCCUUGCAUCACUGAUUUCCCAGAAAAGGGCUGUCAUGUUAUAGUCGGUGCUGGCAACAAUGAACUCAACUUUCAUGUCAAACUACCAAGCGAGCAGGUGAAGGAGGGCAGCUUUAAAGUCACACGCAUGAGAUGCUGGCGGGUCACUUCAUCUCAGGUGCCGGUGGUGAAUGGUACCGCAAACCCAAGCAGUUCCAGUAAAUGUGAUGUGAAACUAGAGCUGGCCUUCGAGUACUUGAUGAGCAAAGACCGCCUCCAGUGGGUCACCAUCACCAGUCCUCAGGCAAUUAUGAUGAGUAUCUGUCUCCAGUCUAUGGUAGAUGAGCUGAUGGUGAAGAAAUCUGGCGGAAGUAUUAAAAAACAGAUGCAGAAGAAGCGACUGAACGGUACACUCCAUCGAUCUGACAGUCAGCAAGCUGUGAAGUCUCCCCCCUUACUGGAUUCCCCCAAUUCCAGCCGUGAACAAGUUGUCAAAAUCUCUACCAAGCUGUCCUCAGUCUCACUGAGAGGACUCAGUUCUUCCAACUCAGCUAGCGACAUCAGUGGCAAUGAUUUCCAUGGAAACUACGCCUUUGAAGGAAUCGGGGACGAUGACCUGUGAUGGAGCCUCCCUCAUAAACUGGACUCAAGUGGGGAGUGCAGAAUAAUUUAGCAGUUUCUCUGACUUGUAGUUUAAUAUGUAAAAUGUUGUAACCCCUUUCAGCAAAUUUUUGAAAAAUUAUAGGAGAGCUAAAAUAAACCAUAUAGCUCUAUUAAGCUCAGUUAAAAUUGCCUUGGCCCAUAAAGUACAUCAUUUUGAUUCAAAAUCUCUCAUUAGUCUUAUGUUGAAGUAUGAAACUAAAUAUCUCAGUUGAGGUAAACUAUAAUUGGGACAAUUCCAAUGAUUCAAUUAAUGCAGGGUUACAAAACUGCUUUCAAGAGAGAAAUGAAUUUAUGCUGUGAUGAAUGUUCCUUCUGCAGAUAGGCUCCACUGAAUCAUACUUCCUCACUGGAGACACAAAACUGUGCUUUUCUUUUCAUAUCUCAUCAUCGGAUGGUGUGAAAUUAAAUUCCUGCCACCUCAUUUUCUCUUGCUCAUGACUGCAACUGCCUUCCAGAGAAAGAUUCAUACCAGCAAAUUGUGUUCUUAUUUUCCUUUUAAAACCGAUCAAGAAUAUUUAAUAGAGAAGUGGUUUGCUUUAUAUUGUGCAGUGUGCCAGUGUUUUUUCCAAUUCUCUACCUAUUGUGUGGUAGCUCUCUGCAACUUCCUGUUAUUUUGGGAGAGGUAAUUGGGAAUCAUGUUGCUAAUUGGACCUAAUGCUAUUGUGAAUUCAUUGCAGCAUCAGUGAUUAUUCUAGAACAUGAGCAGAUUGAAGAUCACUCUUUAUUGUGGCCUGCCUAUUCUCUGCCUUACGCUGACUCAACGCCUUACAGUUCAGAAUCAACUUCGCAAAAUGAAAAUAUAAUGUAGCGACAGGGACACGUUGGCUGACAGGUUCUCAUAUUUUGACCUCAGCUAUGUCCUGAAUCUUGCCUGUUUGCUGUGUUCGGCAGGCCCGCUUGCACUAGCUGAACCCAUGUUUUUUUGCACAGUAUUAAGAAAGGUAGAUGGCUCUGGUAUUUAUUGAGAUAUUAACUGUGGGAAAACAUCCUGGACCAUUCUCAAGAGGUUUUUAGGACUGUCAUUUGAUUUUUUGUGUUUGUGUCUGUUAUUUGAACAAAGUUUCUCAAAAAUGCCAUUGAUCUCAAAUGAUCAUUUACUAAAGCAUUUUGCACACAAAAAACAAGAUCAUGUUUAUGUCACUUUUAUAAAUGUACAUGCAAUAAAAAAAAAAAUGUAAAGUAUUCUAAAUAAUUGCUAAUCACUGUAUUCUGUUUUAGUAUAUUGUAACCAAGUAUAGUUGAUCAAAUAUAUUCCAGGCUGUAUAAAAAGAUUAGAAACUACAUGUUUACAAAAACUUGUUCAGAAAGAAGUGUUUACAAAUUCCACAUCUAAUUUUCAAUGAUCAUCUUAGCACAAAUUAUACAUUUUAAUUGGAAGAACACCAUUCCAUUUUUUUUAUUAUUAUUUUAUUUUACUAAAUGCAUUGUGGCAAUCAUCUCAGAGGACUAUGAUAAGGUGGUGCUUGGAAAAGGUUGUGUAUCACACUUAUGCUGGGGUUUUGACUGCACCGAUAGUCAAGCUGAAUGGAAAGGCCAUAUCAUUCAUUUUGUAGUAGCCUUCAUUCCAGAGAAACAUGAUUCCUCCCAUUCGCAGAAUGUGUUAAAUGCAAAGGUUAUUCUAAUGUUAAUGUGCUGCACAGGGUGUCUGAUUUAUUUUUGAAUUAUUAAAUGUAAUUUGUGAUUGCUGGGUUCAGUAUGUUCACCAGCAUAUCUAGAAUAAAAAAGGGUAUACCAUUUAUACUCUUAAAAUGUAUACAUCUCUCAUAAUGCUUGUCAGUAUGAUUUUAUUUUACAAAUCCUCAAUCAAUUGAAAUGGAAAAGCUAUAGAGCCAUUUGGAUUUCAAUAAAUUAAGGUGCCAAACAA